UUGUCGGUUAUUUUGUCGCAACAUCUUGACGGAUUAUCAUCGCGAACGGGCUAAGACACAAAACUAGGCAACGAAAAAAAAAAAAACGUGUGUAACGUGUGUGGGUGAACAAAAAAUACUCUUUUUACAAAGACUGAAAUAUUUUACAACAAAAAAAUUACCCACGGAUAAAUAUAUUCAUAUUUAACCCUGAUUAAAUCGAAUAAUGCACUGAUUUGAUCAUUUAUUAGCCAAGUGAGUCUUUAGGAAGCAAUUUGAGAGUAGAAUACUUCUAUCAGCGAUAAUGCAUCCGCACAUUAUUUGCAUGCUUAGCUGUCUCUUGGCAGCCAGUUGUGCCGCACAGCAGACAUAUUUCAAUGGCGCACCACCACCGCUACCCCCUUCGGGACCAACCGACCAAGAAAUCUCGUUGAGUGACAGACAAUUUAGAGUCGUCUACGAGUGGCGAACAAUCGACUUUGCUUACGCGGAUGAAUAUCAGCGCGGACGUGCACGUCAAACUGGUGAAUUUAUCGAAAGGAAUGCUCUGAUAUCGGACGUGAAGGCGUUUGCUCAGCGCUUGUAUGUGACACUUCCACGAAUGAUGCCAGGUGUUCCAGCUACAUUGGGUUGGAUUAUAUCGCCUGAUAAUAAUGGUAGAACUGAUCCUCUUAUCGAACCAUUCCCAUCGUGGGAGAUGAAUCGCGAAGGGGAUUGCAGGGCGUUGCAAUUCGUGCAGGGAAUUGCAAUUGAUGCUGAUGGAUUAUUGUGGGCAGUUGAUUCAGGCAGAAUUCAUACAUUAAGUCCAGAUCGUCCAAAGACAACAUGUCAACCAAAAUUGAUGAUCUUUGACUUGAAGAGGAAUGGAACUCUGGUUCUUCGGUAUGAUUUCCCUGAAGAAGUUGUCUCCAGGGGAACCAAUUAUCUCAACAAAAUCGUAGUUGAUGAUGCUUAUGGUGGAUUUGGUUAUAUCACUGACAAUAGCGGUUCAGAUCCUGGAAUUGUGGUUUUCUCACGAAAACUUAAUCGAUCAUGGAAAGUGAGGGAACCAAAUUCAAUGAGAGCAGCUCUUAACGCAGUUGACUUUGCUGUAAAUGGAACAAGUCUUCGGUUCUCGAUUCACAUCGAUGGAAUUGCUCUUGGGCCAUAUUACAACCCGAAUAGUGGCAGUGAUAGUUUGAAUAUCAACUCACCGAAAUUUGUUAAUGAAAACUAUGAACGUAACGUCUAUUACUCACCUCUCUCGAGUUAUCAUUUAUACUCAAUUCCUGCUUCGAUCCUUCGUGACCCUGAAUUCACAAGACGAUCAACUGCAAGACAGGUAUUCGAAUCUGUUACCGAUUAUGGUCUGAAGAUAUCCCAAACAGACGGUAUGAUUAUGGACAAUCGUGGAAUACUCUAUUAUGGCCUCCUAAAGGAACAUGCCAUAGCUAAAUGGGAUUCUUAUCAACCUUUUACUCCAAUCAAUCAGCAUGUAAUAGCUAAAGAUGAUGAUUAUAUUCAAUGGGUCGAUGGAAUGUCAUUCGAUGAGAAUGGUUAUCUUUAUAUUGUGGUUAAUCGGUUGUAUAACUUUGUUGCUGGUCGACUUAAUCCAAAUGAAGUGAAUUUCCGCAUACUUCGAGCCAAGACUGGAGGUUUGGGUUAUACUUUCACGAAUAGUCCAGGAGUUGGUAAUAUUGGACCUGUCGGUUUUGUACCUGAAGGUGAACCCUUCGGUAAUUCUCUUGGAUUUGGUUUAUCAUCAACGACGCCAUUUUAUAAUCCUUUAGAAGGACGUGAUCCAUAUUAUAAUGCAGCUUCAAAAGCAACAUUUGUAACGGCGAGUGUAGUUUUAACUUCUUUGUUAGGUUUCCUUCUUCGUUAAGUGUGCGUAUCAAUAAUAUUGUACUUUAAAAAAAUGUGCUCAAAAAAAUAAAUUAUGUAAGAGUCAUCAGUAUUUCUUCUUUUGCAUCGAAAUUUUUGUAAUUUGUUUUGUUUUUCAAAAUUAUAUCUGAUAAAAAAACAAUAUUGUGAGCAUCUUCAUCAUAUCAUAUACCAAAAAUGUACUAAAAAUACUUAAUUAUUAAAAAAAAAUAAACUAAAAAAAAUGGAAAU